CUUUCCCCGCCUUUUAAGGUAAAGCUUAGAAGCUUGAAAUAGAGAUUCUGUGUUCGUAGUCAUAGCUGAGGUGUGUUCAGUUUUAAAGACUUAGAGGAAAGGAAAGGAAAGAAAAGCCUUAAGAGAGGAAACCGCGUUGUUGCACAAGUCCUUCCCCGGUCACUCGCUCAGGGAGUACAGAUCAGUCCCGGUGCCAAAUAAACAAGCCUGCAAGGCCAAUGGUGAUUUCUAGGUGUUUGUAAGACAUCAUGGCAGGCUUUUUAGGUCAUGGGAGCUCUUCGGACUCCUUUGUGUCCUCCUCAGCCCAUCUAGUCUCAGGCUGAGAAUUUUUCUGUAAGUUAUAUGAUCCACGUGUGAUCAUAAUGCUAUAUGAAAAAGGUAGAUGUGUGUAAGGAUUGCAGUGCUGCGAUGUGGUUGAGCUCUACUUACAGAUGAAAAGAAGGGAGAAGUGAAUUUUGGGUUUUCCUUCCUUAUGUUCUUACUUUUGCGGGUAAAUUAUUGCAGAGGUGUUUACUGAAAUUUCUCUAGUCAGGCUUGGAAAUGGUUAGUGGCAAGAAUAACUUUAGGAAUGGGAGUAGAUAGGUCUAUUGAGGAAUUGUUUUUAAAGAUGCACUAUAACUAUUUUUUCUAUAUGUCAAAUCUAUAAUAGGAAGUAUUCUAGAUAUAGUGUAAGUAGAUAGUAAAUAAUUCAGAAAAUGUGAAAUAGAAACUGAAAAAUUAUCUAUUCUUAUAUAUAUUUUUUUCUCCCACGCAGCGUGUCUUGGAGGUAGACGUCAUAAUGUGUUUCAUGUCUGGGUCAUAAUUCUUUCUUAUGCGUUAUAGGCUGUAAUACUACCUGACAUAAGUAUUUCAGGAGGGAAGAGGGAAACAGGCUUUUGUGUUGUUUUUGUUUUCAAAAACAAGCUUAGUUUAAAAAAAAUAUGGAGGGGAACAAAAGCAGACCUUUUGUCCUUGAAUAGUAAGUUUGCAAAUAUUCUAAAUAGCAAAUUAAUGCUGGCAUCAAAUAAGGCAUCAGUGCUAAUUAAGGGACAAUAUUUGAAUAGGCUUGAGAUGUAAAUUUUUGCUACUAUUUUACAAGUCUACAGCCUGUAGCAGUAAUUCAGUCAAUUGAUAAGACUGUUGUUUCUGAAGGCCUUUACCUUAAUACCCCUUUGCUCCCCAAAUAUUAGCGUAUUUGCGACUAAAAUUCUCUUGUUUAUGUUAUAUCUGUAUUGUCUGUGAGGUUUUUAGUUGAUGAACGUAGUUGUGCACCUGAAAGGUUUGUACCUGAGUAUGGGAGAGACAGGAUUGUUCGCUGUAUGCUGUCCUGCUUUUAUAUGAAAAAUAAGCUUUGUUUUUAUGGGGGAGGGAGGUGUUUAAAACAAAUUCUUUAUCUGUCCGUAAUACGAUGUCAUUCUUUAUAGGCAAUAUGGAGGCUAUGAAUAUUCUCAGCAAAGUGGAUUUAUACCUCCAGAAAUGAUGCAACAGCAGCAGCCUUACACAGGGCAGAUUUAUCAGCCAACGCAGACAUAUACUCCAACUUCAGCGCAGUCUUUUUAUGGAAGUAGUUUUGAGGAUGAACCUCCUCUAUUAGAAGAAUUAGGGAUCAAUUUCGACCACAUCUGGCAGAAGACAUUAACAGUGCUACACCCUUUAAAAGUAGCAGAUGGCAGCAUCAUGAAUGAGACUGAUUUGGCUGGGCCAAUGGUCUUCUGUCUAGCUUUUGGAGCCACAUUAUUACUGGCUGGUAAAAUUCAGUUUGGUUAUGUAUAUGGAAUAAGUGCAAUCGGAUGUUUAGGGAUGUUUUGUCUCCUGAACUUAAUGAGCAUGACGGGUGUCUCAUUUGGCUGCGUUGCCAGUGUACUUGGAUACUGUCUUCUUCCUAUGAUCCUACUUUCCACUUUCGCAGUUGUGUUUUCAUUGCAGGGAAUGAUAGGAAUUAUUCUCACUGCUGGAAUCAUUGGCUGGUGCAGUUUUUCUGCUUCCAAAAUCUUUAUAUCUGCCUUAGCAAUGGAAGGACAACAACUCCUAGUAGCAUACCCCUGUGCUUUAUUGUAUGGAGUCUUUGCUCUCAUUUCUGUGUUUUGAAUAGACUGUCUGAAUUAUUGGACUCCAGUGGGCCAAAAUGAAAACAUCAACUUGGAACAUUUAGUUGGACCAGAAACCGCUGCAAACAGCUAUAUAAUAUUGCUAUCAUGAAACUUAGACCUGUUUUGAAUUAUCUGAAACAAUGGAAACAAAUGUCUUGUGUUCACUUUUUUAGGACUUUGAAUACUGUUUUCAAUUGACCUAAGUUGUCUAUAGCUUUAAUAAGUAUUCAUGCUUAUAAAGUUAAUGCAAUUUCUUUCCCAUUCCUAAAUCUUUGGAAAAGUCACUUUUGUUUAUUUGAGGAUUUGGCGGGGGGGAGGGGGAGGAGUACGGGAGGGAAAAGGGUUGCAGUUAGAAUAUACUUGAUAGAUUUUUAUCAGCAAAAGUAAAUAAAACCACAGAUGUAAAUUUGGGCUCUCUUUGAAUAAAUCUGCAGUAAUAACCUAUUUCCUGUCCCCUCUUACAAAAAAAAAAUGCACAAAAGAACUCAAGCAAUUAGAAUAUUUUCUAUAUUGUAACAAAUACACUCUUAAGCUCUUUGGUCUCUUACAUAUUCAUUUGAUGUGAUAGUAUUUCAGGAUUUAAGAUAUUUAAAUUAUGAAUUAGAAAACAGAUGCUUAGAAGUCAAAGGGAUCUGUAAUUCUGUCACACUUGAAACAUGAAUACAUUUGGAUGUCUAACUAGCUAUGUGUUAACUUGGAUUGAUGAAGUUGACUUCAUCUAGAGUUACUUUUCUUAAUGAUGCACAUAUUAGUAGAUGAAGAGUAGAAUUUUUUGCAUACUCCCAAGAAAAACACCAUUUUAAAAAUGUCAUGCUUGCCAGAAUUGCAGGUAGUGUAAGGAUAAUUUAAGGCAUAUUGAUUAAAUUUUCCUUAAAUUUUGAAAAUGGUGUUUGAUUUUCCUGAUCAUUCUUCUUUUGAAUUGACUUCAGUUUUUAAAAUAGAAAUUUCCAUAGGGGAGCAAAAUAGUAAUUAAAACUAUAAUUCAAUUUGAUAUUUCCUUCAAUCACAAACAUUUAAUCUUAUGUUAGAAGUAUAAAGUAAUUUGUUGUAAGGAGAUUUACAAAGCGUAAAAAAGUGUAACAUGAAGUGGGAAAGCAAAAAUGGUUGGUCUCCGCAUAAGCUCUUGCUAAUUCUAGUACACAAGAAAAGGACACAGUGUUUUAACUCAUAAUGGGGAGAGAGGUCACACAUGUAGACCGGAAGGAUAAUCUGAAGGAUUUCAUUUCAUUGAAUUUACUGCAGACUUUAGUUAGUCUAGCAUUCAUCUGUCACAUUCAUGGCGUUCUCUAUUCAUCCCUUCUAGAGUUGAAUCACUGACCAAGUACAUUAUGGUAACACCUUCUGGUAAGACUCCUUGUGCAAUGUUAGAAAACACUAAGGAAGCGGCCUGCAUGCAGACAGAUAAUCAUGAGUACAGGGCAAGGAGAGGGUAACCUUUAGAUGUUCAGAACAGAUCUUUUUAAAAAAAAAAAAAAACUCACUGGAAAACUGCAUCACUGUAAGCUUUCAUCAAAGUUAUAUGUGGUGGUAAUUUGGAAGGGACAGUACAGAUAUUUUUGUUCACUCUUCUCUUAGUUCUGCACUUUCCCCUAAAAAUACAUCUUUCUAGUGUCACUAGGAGUUACCAAUGAGGUCCAAAUUUAUUGGCCAGAGCCAACUUCUGCUUGAGUCACUUGGAGUUGUAGGAAGUGUGAUAUGAGUGUAAAGCCUUUAAGAAUCAAACACUGAUGCACAAAACUGAUCUCAAUUGCAUUAUAUACUACAGCUGGCUGUUAUAAUUAAUUUUAAAAUGCAUAUAUAUAAAAAAAAGAGACACUUCAGUUUCCUUCCAGAAGUGAAUUUGAAAGCCGACGUAAUUUUCCACUGUAAUACCUUAUUGCAAAUUACCAUCUAAAUAAAAUUGGUGAGUUGA